UGCCAGCGCCUGUGCGAUCUGUCGCACAUCCUGCACUUGCGCAUCUCCAAGAACAGAGUGUGGGUGGCAUGACGCCUGUUCAUUGCACUAAUGUACCGGAUGUUCGACCUCCAGCCUGCGCGCUGCUCAAUCAUGCCAGAAUUCACAUUGGUCGCUGCACCGAGCCAUGGCAGCCCGUGCGUGGCCACCCUAACCUCGACAAACCCAUGCUGGCAGCACAUGGACAACCCAGCCUGUCGCGUGUGCCGAUUCAGUGAAGCCUGCUGCAAAAACCGCGACAGCUGGGGGAGCAGACAUGUAGUCGACAGUCUCGUAAAAGAGGGACUCGAUAAUCAGUGCAAGGACCUCUGGCGGGAGGCUGUUGUGGAGUUGCAUGGCUAGGAAUACAAUUAGAUAGUAGAGUACAAAAAAAAAAACAAAUAUACGUGUUGUGAGGAGAGGUGAAAC